AUGGCACAACAUCACUUAUUUCAAGAAUCAGUAGCUUUGACAUUAACUAAAGGUAACGAUCGUAUUGAUCGGAAUGCAGUUAUAAAAGUUAUAGGAAGAUAUAUUCCAGUUGAAGACGUUGAUUCCUUUGGAAAUCUAGGUGAUCAUGAUAAAUGGUUUAUUAUUUUUAAAUCAUCAGCAUCCAAAGAAAAAUUUUUAACAUUAGAAAACUUAGAAGUUGAUGAUCAAGUGUUUGCUAUUCACAAACCUUAUCGAGAAGUCAAACUUGUUCGUUUGCUCAAUGUACCACCUUCAAUUUCUGAUGAUUAUAUUCGUGAAAUAGCUAAAAAAUGGGGCAGUCCAGUUAUUAGUGUGGAAUGUGAAACACUUCCUCGUCCAUAUCAAUUUAUUAAAACAUUUGUUAGGCGGGUACGUAUAAAGUUCAAAUCACCUGAUGAUGAACAAAAUAUUCCAAUAUCAAUAAAAAUGGCUGGUAUUAAUAUUCCAAUAUUACUGGAAGGGCGUGUAAAGGUUUGCUAUAGAUGCAAACAAUCAGGACACAACAAAUCUGAAUGUAAUGUAUUGAAAUGUCAGGUUUGUCAUGGAUUUGGUCACGAUGAUGUUUCAUGCAGCAAACAAAGAUCGUACGCAAAUGUGAUAAGUACACCGUUGAACGUUAAUCAAGAAAUUAACCCAAAUUCAAUUUCAAUGAUAAUACAAAAUAAAAUAAAAAUAUGUCAUAAAUGCAAACAACCUGGACAUAUUAAAAUAAAUUGUCCGGCAAAUCGAUCCGAUAUUAUACAGUCUCCCAUAACAUUAUUGAAUAAUGAUAUGGAAUCAAGAUUCACAACACCAAAUGUAGGUGAUAGUGAUAAAAUAGAUGAUAGAUUAAAUUGUGUACAAACUGGUGAACAGAAUGGUAUACAAGAUGGAAAUUCAACUGAUGUACCAAGUGCUUUUCUUGGUGAUGCAUCUCAAAAUAAUAAACGAUCCAAUGAACAAGGUGGUGUACAUGAAAGUGUACAAAGUGAUAUACAUGAAGUUGUGCAAGGUGGUGUACAUGCAGGUGAUGAAGCUAGUGGACAAGGUGAUGUACAUGUAGGUGAUGAAGCUGAUGUACAAGGUGAUGUACAAGGUGGUAAUUUCGAGUGCCGUGUGGUGCAAGGGAAGGUACCAACUAGUGCUCAACAAGAUAUGAAUGUUGAUGAUUUAGAUAUGCCAAGUUUAGCAUCUAAUGAAAUUUCUCAAAUUAGUAUACAACAACAAACAACCUCAGUACACAUUGCUGCAUAUAAAGAAUUUAAAGAAGGUCGAACUGGGUUGAAACGAUAUUUAAGUUACGAACAACAUCCAAUAUGUAAUGAUACGAAAAAACUACAACAAACACCUUCCUCGCCGGAUCAAGGAAGGGAUACAGAAGAUGGAGAAUUAUAA